CUUCGCCCCACCAGCCAGCAGCAAUGUCCAAGCAGUCUUUCAACGUCGUAGUCCUUCCAGGGGACGGAAUCGGUCCUGAGGUUAUAGCGGAGGCUAUCCGUGUGCUCGAAGUCGUCUCUGCCGCUUCCAUCGAUGUCGAGCUCAAGCUCGACGUACACGACUUUGGUGGCGCUGCCAUCGAAAAGUACGGAAUGCCUUUGACCGAUGCCACCUUCGAGGCAUGCAAGGCGGCAGAUGCCAUUAUUCUAGGUGCCAUUGGCGGCCCCAAGUGGGGCGUGAACGCCAAGGUGCGCCCGGAGCCCGGCCUGCUCACGCUCCGGAAAACACUCGGCCUGUACGCCAACAUCCGGCCCGCCAACUUCGCCUCGGACAGCCUGCUCGCGUACUCGCCGCUCAAGCCGUCCGUCGCCCAGGGCGUCGACAUCAUCGUCCUCCGCGAGCUCAUCGGCGGCGCGUACUUUGGCGAGCGCAAGGAGCUCGGCGCGAGCCCCCAGGAGGACGCGGCGUGGGACACGAUGAUCUACAGCGUGCCCGAGGUGCAGCGCAUCACGCGCGUCGCGGCGCAGGUCGCGCUCGCCUCGGACCCGCCGCUCGCCAUCCACUCGAUCGACAAGGCGAACGUGCUCGCGAGCUCGCGCCUCUGGCGCAAGGUCGUCACCGAGACGCUCCAGAACGAGUUUCCGCAGCUGAAGCUCGACCACCAGCUCGUCGACUCGGCGUCGAUGCUUAUCGUGUCGAACCCCAAGAAGCUCAACGGCGUCAUCCUGACUGAGAACCUGUUCGGCGACAUCCUGUCGGACGAAUCGUCCGUCAUCCCCGGGUCCCUCGGCCUACUCCCGUCUGCAUCCCUCGCAAGCGCGCCUUCCGUGGCAGAUUACACCUCGCCAUCCUUCAAGCCCACGCCCGGCCUCUACGAGCCCAUCCACGGCUCGGCACCCGACAUUGCCGGCCAGGGCAUCGCGAACCCGAUCGGCACGAUCCUCAGCGCGGCGAUGCUCCUGCGGUACUCGCUGGGCAUGGAAAAGGCUGCGAAGGCGAUCGAGGCGGCUGUCCGCAAGGUCUUGGACGACAAGGAGAUCGGUGGCGAGGGUCUGCGCACGGCGGACCUCGGGGGCAGCAGUAAGACGAGGGACAUCGGCGACAAGAUCGUCGAGAUCCUGAAGUCUACUCUCUAGACACGCGUCGAGGCAUGGCACGAAUACCCGUGUACAAAUAGCAAAAAGCGUUGCCCAGAUUGAAUACAGCAUGUUCCCUCCC